UACUCCCCGCAAUGCAAAUACGGUUAUUUAUCAAAUCGUAGAUAACAGAUUUUUAUUUCCUAAAAUUCUUCUGCCACCAUUUACUAUUGUAUCUUAUUAUUCUUUUAAAAAAUUAGAGAGUUGGCCUUCUAUCUAUGGUGGAAAACGCAAAGCAAUACAAAGCGAAGCUGGAUAAAGAGAAGCGAAGCAAGGCAAGGCAAAGCUCCCCACUCUCUCUCUCUCUCUGCCCUGCUUCUCUCUUCUCUCCUCUCUUUUCAUUUUAUUGAGGGAUAGGGUACAGGUAAGGUGGGGAGGGGGGGUAGAGUUCACGGUGGCGCACACUAGCACCAGGGUCUAAUUGUGCGCCCUGGUUCGUUUCAUGGAUUCUUGUAGUCGCUUCGUUCUCACGGUAAUACUACUUUGAAAGGAAAAGGGUGGGAGAGAGAAUCGAAAGUUUCCUUUCAUUUAAUCCACGCAUCAACUGCUGCUACAGAGAGUGUAGACCAAGCAAGCCUGGCGGACCUCAAGGGAACCUUGGCGUUCCUUCGAUCGUCCCUUAUUUCAAUAGUGGCAGAUCGGUUCGAUUUCAAAUCAAAGAAGAAGAGGAGGAGGAGAGGGAUUUACGGUGCGAAAAUGCUUUGGAUUCUACGAUUUUCAGGCUUCUUCUCUGCCGCUCUCGUCAUGAUUAUACUCUCUCCGUCCCUCCAAUCCUUCCCUCCAGCUGAAGCCAUUCACUCCUCCAAUCUCGACGGUCACCUCCGUUUCCCCCUUCUCUCCCCUGCAGAUUCCCGCACCCAACUAUCCUUCCGAAAAUCGACUAUAUUCCGCAAUGCUGAUGAAUGCGGCUUCUCCGACCACCAAAGCAGAGGCAAAACCAGUGUCUGUGAUCCUUCAUUGGUCCACGUAGCGAUUACUCUCGACGUGGAGUAUCUUCGUGGCUCAGUUGCUGCUGUUCACUCAAUUCUGCAGCACUCAAUGUGUCCGGAGAAUGUGUUCUUCCAUUUUUUAGUAUCUGAGACCAAUCUGGAAUCCCUGGUUCGAUCCACUUUCCCUCAAUUGAAGUUCAAAGUUUAUUAUUUCGAUCCGGAGAUUGUUCGGAGCCUCAUUUCCAGCUCAGUUAGGCAAGCGCUGGAGCAGCCACUCAAUUAUGCUAGGAAUUAUCUGGCUGAUUUGCUUGAGCCAUGUGUUAAAAGAGUGAUUUACUUGGACUCUGAUCUAGUUGUCGUUGAUGAUAUUGCAAAGUUGUGGACAACUAAUUUGGGUUCUAGAAUAAUCGGGGCUCCAGAAUAUUGCCACGCCAACUUCACUAAGUAUUUCACGGCGGAUUUCUGGUCCGAGAAGCGGUUUUCAGGGACAUUUCGGGGGCGGAAACCCUGUUACUUUAACACUGGAGUGAUGGUGAUAGAUCUGGUGAAAUGGAGAUGGGCCGGGUACACGAAGCGGAUUGAGAGGUGGAUGGAGAUCCAGAAGAGUCACCGGAUUUAUGAACUGGGUUCGUUGCCGUCGUAUCUUUUGGUGUUUGCGGGACACGUGGCGCCGAUUGGGCACCGGUGGAACCAACAUGGGUUAGGUGGAGAUAAUGUGAGAGGGAGUUGCCGGGACUUGCAUCCGGGUCCGGUUAGUCUAUUGCAUUGGUCAGGUAGUGGAAAGCCGUGGCUCAGGCUCGACUCAAAGCAACCGUGCCCUCUUGAUGCACUGUGGGCACCAUACGACUUGUACGGACGCCCACCUUGAAAAACUCUGCACUACUCGCCGGUGGAGUGUAAUGAACCAAAAAGGAUAGGGGCCAUGGGCUGGGGCAUGUGAGCCAAAACUUGUUUGCUAGGCGGCUGUCCAUUUUGUGUGAUGGCCGAAACGAAUGCCUUGUAUCCAAGCCAAGGGAGGGGUGCCGACCGUCGGAGCUAAUUUGGAGUCAAGUUUUUAUAGUAGCGAAGUCCAUGGGCUGCAUUUUGCCUUGCUUUGGUGGCAGCGGCGGACUUGUGAACCACCUCUUCCUUCCUGCCCCGUUGCGCAUUUUGGUGGCAACCACGUCUUAUCUGUGUAUGUUUAUUUAUUUUUUUAAUUUUUGACAAGUCGACUUGAAGAAAUGUAUGUAUAAAAAAAGCUUGGACGUUGGGUGAUCAAAUUUAUUUUGUGGCAUCAAAAGAGGGACCCAUAUGUCAUUGUUGCGUAGCAAAUGUCCAAAGUAGGGAUGGGGACCGAUUCCUUUUGCCCUGGCAUCACACGUGGCCAGUUGCCUGGACUCUCCUGGAAUCAGCUGGUUACAUGUGGUUAGUCCAACACCAUUAUUGGGUUGUAUUUUUUUUAUUUAUCGUAUUAAUUAUGGAAAUAAAAAACUAGGUAUUUGUUGGGUAUUUCCAUUGGAGGCUGCCCGUCUGCAGAAGAGAUAUUUCUGUGUACAUCGUUAUAUAAUACAAGUAAUGCUGAUUAAGAAAUGGCAA